ACACUGCAGUCAACAGUUACACCAAACCUCUCUAAUCGAUCGAAUCGAACUAAUCAAUCGAAGCAAAAUGGCAAAAUUCAUCACUCUCGGAGUUGUUAUUCUAGCGUUGGUCGCUUUCGUCCUGGCUGAAGAAGUCCAACAACCAGCCGGUGGCAUUGAAUCUAGGAUUGAAGUUGUGCAAGAUAUUGCCGCCUUCAAGGCGGCCAAUCCAGAUGUUGACCUGAUACCGAUGGAGGUGGCCCGAAGCCCACGGCAGCAAUUUGUCUACACUCUUGGAGGCAGAGUUAAUGGUGACCGUCUGGUGGGAUCUCUUCAGGACGGUCAAUCAUGGAGUAUCCUGCAGGAUAUCGCUCUGACACUGAGAUAUCCACAGUCCGGUGUUGGAGCAGUGGUCAGCUACGUACAGGUUGUCGUAAAUCAAAGCUCCAACCUGGGCCAGGGCUAUGUCGUAGCGGGAGGAAUCGGCCAGCGCUACAUUCAAAUGGUUAUCGAAGCGUACCGAACGAGCUACUUUAACUACAAUGCUCAGAUCUAUGGCUUGUAGUACACUCUUUUUAAAUAAACAUAAAAUUACAUAUCUA